AUGAGUGGGACUCCCGAGACAGUCAACCUAGUGUCACCACCAGACCAGGCCUCCCCAGAAGAUACAGCGCCUCUGCAUGCUCCACCGUCUGCAGGCACAUCUUCCUCCCCGAAGCCACAUGCAUUCAAUUGCGUCGUUUGCAAAAACAGAAAGGUCAAGUGCGACCGCCAAGUACCCUGCUCCACUUGUACCAAACUUAACGUGGAAUGCCAAUACGUCGAGCCGGGGCCCCGUAAGAAGAGAAAAUCCUCUAGCAAGCAUGAGAACCUGCUGCAACGCCUAAAUAGAUACGAAGAACUACUAAAACAGGUCGAAUCCAAUGUUAAGUUAUUGGAUGGAGUGGAACUGCCAUCCCCUCAAAAAGGCGACGGCCUAAGUUCGGGUGUCCUCUGGGGAGGAUUUUCGGAAAAGUCGGAGCCAGAGAGGCAAACCAAACGGGCCAAGUUUGAACGACCCUCUGGUGAAUUUGGGCUUUGUGCACCGAAAAAAGGUGGUUUACUAGCGUCCACCGGACGGUCAAGAUAUUUUGAAAAUAAUCUCUGGAACUCUCUGAAGGACGAACUUCAAGAGCUAAAAGAGACGAUUUUGGACUCUUCUGACGACGACUCCAAAGGCGAUGACUGGACCAUAAAUAAUGCAACCGCGAAUCCAAACCUGGGCACUGGAAUAUUUUUCUUCGGUCCUGUCAAUUCAAAGGUUGAUAUUUCCGGCUUCCAUCCCCCGGCUGCCCACUGCUUAAUAUUAUGGAACUGCUUCCUUGAGAACAUCAAUCCCCUUACUCAUAUUAUUCAUCACCCAUCCCUCGCCGUCAGAGUAAUUGAGUAUAAAGACAAACCCCAUACUAUGCCUAGAAACUUAGAGGCAUUGAUGCUCUCUAUUUAUGCUUUGACUGUGUCUUCUUUAGACGGUAGGCAAUGCCUAAACCUCUUUCAAGAAUCGAGAAACGAUCUACUUGUGAGAUACCGCUUUGCCGCCCAGCACGCUCUUAAGAAUGCCGGAACUCUCAAGACUACGGAUGUGAUAGUCCUCCAAGCUUUGGUCUUUUUCCUCCUUGAUCUUCGUUCAUACUACGACUAUCCAUCUCUGUGGGUAAUAACGGGCACAGCGGUCCGUAUUGCUCAAAGAAUGGGUGUCCACCGGGACGGUACAAAACUCAACCUCCCACCUUUCGAAACCGAACUGCGCCGCCGCCUCUGGCGUGAAAUUCUCAUCCUUGACUUCCGUACCGCAGAACUCUCCGGUGCAGGGUUAUAUACAAUGGCAAUGGACGAAAAUGCUUGGGACUCCAAAUGGCCAGCUUCGAUCAACGAAACCGACAUAUGGCCCGGUAUGACUGAACCCCCUAAGGAACGGGAGGGCCCCACAGAAAACAUGUGGCCACAACUCCGCGGCGAACUAGGGCAGAUCUUUGUCGACCGCUGGCGCCAAAUGCACCGACAAAGUUUCAAUCUCGGGAAUAUGUACGACAAAGCUGACCCUAAUAGUCCCGAAUUCGCCAACUUCUACAAAGCCCUAGAUAACGACCAACAACUUGAUGAGAUUACAAGUAAGCUGGAAGAAAAGUACAUUCGUCAUUGCGACCCUAUAAAUCCGCUACAGUUAUUUACAUCUAUAGUGUGCCGCUCAGCACUAACAAACCUUCGACUUAUGACCCACCACCCAAUUCGCCGAGUAGACAAUGGGGCUGGCAUGUCUCAAGAGGAGAAAGACAGUCUGUUCUCCGAUUCAAUAAAAAUUAUGGAAUACGAUAAUCUUUGCCACUCAAGCCGUUCCAUCCAAAAGUUCCUUUGGCACACUAAAUCCUUCUUCCAGUGGCACGCAUUCAUCUAUCUUCUCGGCGAGCUCCGCCAUCGACCACAAGGCCCAGAAGUGGAAAAGGCAUGGGCGCAAGUAGACGAAGUAUUCGAACACCACUACGAAUGGCUCGAACGCAAAGACGAACUCCACUCCGCGAUCCGGGCAGUCGCAUUAAAAGCUUGGGAAAACCGUGAAACCCAAAUCCGUAAGGCAGGGAAAGUAGUCGAACAAGAAAUUAGAGUACCCGUAUUCGUACAAACAAUACGGGAAAUGUAUGCUAUUUCCAACGCCACCGCAAUGCCUGGGCCAACGCCCGCGCAUAGGGGCCCAGGCGGCGAUGCUGAGGGUCCAACUACCAACCUCGAUCCCGCUCCUCUACAAUACCUUGAUACACAAGCAAAUACAACUAUACAUCAACAGCAACAACAGCGACAACAAGCCUUCGUCUACGCUGGUCCUAACCGAGGAGUUCUAGACAAUGGGAUCAACAUUGUAUCAUCACAGUCGGGUAGCACUACAUCGGCUGCUGGUACAAACACAAUGCCUUCAUCGGGUCCAGAAGCGAUAUCAAUGUCGCCGCCAACCGCAAAUACAACAACAAACAACAUAACAAAUACAACUGGGGGUGGAGCAGCUGGGUCUACAGCCUCCUCAUCUUCACCAUCCGCUGGUGUGACCCCGAUAAACUGGUCGGAAUGGGAGAAUCUAUUACAAAAUUCAGAUUUGCUAGGAUUCACUGGUGCUUUUAGGGGUCCAUAUGAACCCAUGUAUAAUUGGCAACACGGCCAAUAG